CAUUCACACACCAGCAUACACAGAUGGAGGCUACUCAGUCUUGACAAAGCGUGGAGACCGUAGAAGCUUUGCUGGACACGAGGACCUGAAGGAAGAGAAGGAUAAGAAAGGAGAGAAGGAGAGGGGGAUAAUAAUGGAGUGCAAGGAGAAUGUGAUCCACUACCUCAGCUGGGGGUUCAUCGUCGGUGGGGUGGCGUAUCUCCUUCGGCAGACCAGGACCCAGACCCAGUACGGACGCUACGUGACCUCGGAUGGGACCCCAGGGAGGACCUGCCCUGCCAAGCUGGCCUGGUUCCUCCAGGAGCUGCCUUCUUUCCUGGUGCCCAUGCUCCUUCUGCUCUCCACCGACACACAGCCCAGCCUGGGCAAAGACUUGCUUCUCUGGACCUUCUGUCUGCACUACUUCCAAAGGUAUGUGUCCACAUUAGCCUGGUCCCCACUUGGCUAGACGGCAGAAUUAGGUCUGUGAUGGUGGGACCAGACAUGUCCACAUACCAACUUGCAAUGGAGUCUGGAAUCUUUUAACUCAUAAAUCAGCUGAAACACACGGACAACGUUUUUUGGGCAACAGCAGUCAUUUCACUUAAAAGGUGUUGAACAUAUGUCUUUGCCUCCUACACAGUUGAUCUUUGUGUGUGCAAUACAAAUGCAGGCCAUUCAAUGAAAAGAGUCCCCUAUUCACUAUUUUGAGUGAAGACUAGAGGGACAUUCCACGCCCCGGUAAAAGAGUGAGGCUUAGACUCAGAUUUGUAUCUUUAAAUGUAUGAUGGUAUAAACAGAAAAAAACAAUCUGUUACAAAACUUUGCAUUUGCAUUGUACUUCAAGUAAAUUUUUUUGUACAAUUUCCAGUGGAAAUUGUAGAAAUUAAGCCUUGUGCAUAUACCGUAAUUUUCGGACUAUAAGCCGCGCCUUUUUUCCAAUUUUUCGACCCUGCGGCUUAUAUAACGGUGCGGCUAAUCUAUGGAUUUUUACAGCUAACGGCCACUAGAAGACCUCCUAAAUCUAUGGAUUUUACAGGUUACAGUCCACCAAUUUUAACUCUAUGGGCUCUAUGACCGGUCCGCGCCCCCCACCUUUAAGCGGCGGGCUCCGGCAGGAAAAGCUGGAGGCCGGAAAAGAGUGAGGUAGCGCACAAAAGUAAAAGUGGAACCAAGAGUGGUACGAGAGACAGAACGAGAGACAGAACGACAGCAAGACAGACAGACAUUAUGAGAGCGAGACAGUUUGUCUCUUUCCCGACAAUCCCCUCUGUGCACGAACCCUUACAUAUGGUAAUUAAACAUUAAAACACCUGCGGCUUAUAGUCCAGUGCGGCUUAUAUAUGUACGCAUCAUUCAAUAUCAUUCAAUGUAGCUGCUGCGGCUUAUACUCCGGUGCGCCUUAUAGUGCGGAAAAUACAGUAGUUGUAUGGUUUGUUUAACUUUGCAAUUAUUUUUUGAGUCUCAGCGUCACUCUGCAUGGUCACUAUUAAGAGGUCAUCCUGCCUGGUUUCCUAAUAAGGGGAUGAAUCACAUUCAACAGAACAUGACUAAUUUGGUUGGUAAAUGUCCUCAUUCUGGAGGUUCCAUGUAUGCCACUGUUCUGAAUUGUGUCAUUUGAAAAUGAAAGUAAGAAAUCUCAGCAACGGAACUAUUUUGUAACUCAAUUAAGCAUGAAAUCUGACUGCUGAUAGACUGCCGAUAGGUACUUAUCACAGUAGGAGACCAUUCCAUCUCUUUCUUGAAACAAAAUAUGUAAUGUGCGCCUAGACAUGCAGACCAUACUUGCUUCAAAGUUACAGAAAGCUACUCGGCUCUGCCUCGUCGUCCAUUAUUUCCGAGAUAAUGUACAGAACGUCAGCGUUUAUUCCUUACGUAUACCCACUUUUUUUUGUGAGCACUUCUUACUACGAUGCGUAUCAAAGUAGUGUAGCGGAGGUAUACGUCAUAUCAAUUAAUAAGACUGAUAGAACAGAUCAGAAUGUUAGAUCCAAAUGUUUUUUUUUUUUUUUUUUUUAGGGGGUAGAUCAGCUUUAAUAUUGCAUCUAGAUUGUAACUUCCAUCAAUGUAAUUGUUUGCAUCACUUCCAAUCCCCCAUAUGUUUUUUUUCUUCUCGCAAAUAUAUAUAUACACAUACAUACAAUCACAUACAUAUACAUAUCCUUUUACUUUCCAACCCCACCACCCCUUCCCUAAUUGGAGUAAACUAGUGAACAACAAUGCUUAGACCUCUACUUCCAGCUUAUACAUACUAUAUACAUUUUAUGGACACAGUCAAUUUUACAAUAAUUCUUUUUUGUUUGUUUUUACUCCUGAACUUCCUUUACUCUCAACCUCUCUGAUCAUUUUCAUGAUGUCCAUCCGGUUUGCUUCUAUAUGCCAUAUCUUUCUAACUGUGCUCUUUCACAAAAGCUCUCAACCUAUAACCUAUAUACUUAUUAUGGACACAGUAUGCUUACAUUAUUAGUUAUCUUGUUGUUAUUAGUUGUUAUUAGUCCAAUCCUUCAACUCCAUUCAACACCACCCAUCUAUCUCUUAACACCAUCCAUAUUGGAUUUCUAUUUGCGAUAUAUUUUUCAACUGUACUGUGAUGUUUUACAAAAGUUCUGAACCUUUCUAUUCUCUAGAUCAAAAUGUUGAUAAACUAUUUAUUUCUUCACAUUUUCUACACAGUUAUGUGCACACGGCGGUAGGCCUAGAAUGAUGUGAACGUUCCAAAAUGCAAUUUGUGGGAAAACACCAUUCUAAAAUGUGCACCGCACAUGCGAGCGGUUUAAUGUACAGAGAUGGAAAUAUCCGUUGCUAAUUUCUUUUUAUUUAUUUAUUUAUUUAACCGUUGCUAAUAUGACUAGGAUAAUGCAUUUGUCUGCUAGACAAUGAAAGUUGCUUUGAAAACCAAUAGAACAGGAGAGGGCAUAUGAGGAAAUCUUUAUAAAAUAAUUGCCGCCACGUUUCUAUGGUGGGAUUUUGCCUAAAGGCUACUUUGAAGCAAGGUAAGACAUGCCUCAUAAUAUGAAGUAAAACGUUCAGGUUUCAAACAAUUAAGGCACAGGAAAAAUAUAGCGAAGCCAAUGAUAGGCCUAACUGUCUUCUGGUAGAUGAAAAGGCUUUCCCAAAAACCUUCUCAAUUAAAUGUUAACUAGCUACAAAGUAUCUUAUGCCGACCUAGCAGAAUGGUAUUAUGAUUAUUUGCAUCAAUCCAGUGGCCAUUUGUUUUGCAAACUCAAUCUCAUGUGCACUACAGACACACAGCUAGGUGCCUGGAUAGUUGAAUUAAAGGGUAACUACACUCAAGAAUCUACAUUUCUUCGAUCUUUCCCAGACCUCAAAAGUGGUCUCCUGAUGUUGUUUAAGCAUUGUUGUGGACUUAGAACAUCCCAUUUUGUUGUUGUCCCCCAUGGUCUCCGUCCAUCCAUUUAUCCCUUAGUCACACGCUAUAUCUCAGACAGCACUGGCCCGAUUUUGAUGACUGGGCCCAAAAUCUGUCUUCUCCAUCAGGUGGCGUUUGUUCUUUGGCACAUGACAUGGAGUACAGGGAGUGGAUCAGCUAAAGAGACUGCAGGCUCAACAUUCAGGGCUGCCGGCUAAUCGGGCCAGUUAAUCAACCUUUCAUAUGGCCCGCUUGGGCCAGUACAUUUUCAAACUCCAAAACAAAACCAAAACAAAAUAUAUACAGUACCAGUCAAAAGUUUGGACACACCUACUCAUUCAAGGGUUUUUCUUUAUUUUUACAUUGUAGAAUAAUAGUGAAGACAUCAAAACUAUGAAAUAACACAUAUGGAAUCAUGUAGUAACCAAAAAGUGUUAAACAAAUCUAGGUAUAUUUUAUAUUUGAGAUUGUUCAAAUAGCCAUCCUUUGCCUUGAUGACCACUUUGCACACUCUUGGCAUUCUCUCAACCAGCUUCACCUGGAAUGCUUUUCCAACAGUCUUGAAGGAGUUCCCACAUAUGCUGAGCACUUGUUGGAUGCUUUUCCUUCACUCUGCCGUCCGACUCAUCCCAAACCAUCUCAAUUGGGUUGAGGUCGGGGGAUUGUGGAGGCCAGGUCAUCUGAUGCAGCACUCCAUCACUCUCCUUCUUGGUAAAAUAGCCCUUACACAGCCUGGAAGUGUGUUGGGUCAUUGUCCUGUUGAAAAACAAAUGAUAGUCCCACUAAGCGCAAACAAGAUGGGAUGGCGUAUCGCUGCAGAAUGCUGUGGUAGCCAUGCUGGUUAAGUGUGCCUUGAAUUCUAAAUAAAUCACAGACAGUGUCACCAGCAAAGCACCCCCACACCAUAACACCUCGUCCUCCAUGCUUUACGGUGGGAACUACACAUGCAGAGAUGAUCCGUUCACCCACACUGCGUCUCACAAAGACACGGCGGUUGAAACAAAAAAUCUCCAAUUUGGACAAAUUUCCACCGGUCUAAUGUCCAUUGCUCGUGUUUCUUAGCCCAAGCAGGUCUCUUCUUCUUAUUGGUGUCCUUUAGUAGUGGUUUCUUUGCAGCAAUUCGACCAUGAAGGCCUGAUUCACACAGUCUGAACAGUUGAUUUUGAGAUGUGUCUGUGACUUGAACUCUGUGAAGCCUUUGGGCUGCAAUUUCUGAGGCUGGUAACUCUAAUUAACUUAUCCUCUGCAGCAGAGGUAACUCUGGGUCUUCCAUUCCUGUGGCGGUCCUCAUGAGAGCCAGUUUCAUUAUAGCGCUUGAUGGUUUUUGCAACUGCACUUGAAGAAACGUUCAAAGUUCUUGAAAUGUUCCGUAUUGACUGACCUUCAUGUCUUAAAGUAAUGAUGGACUGUCAUUUAUCUUUACUUAUUUGAGCUGUUCUUGCCAUAAUAUGGCCUUGGUCUUUUACCAAAUAGGGCUAUCUUCUGUGUACCCCCCUACGUUGUCACAACACAACUGAUUGCCUCAAACGCAUUAAGGAAAGAAAUUCCACAAAUUAACCUUUAAGAAGGCACACCUGUUAAUUGAAAUGCAUUCCAGGUGACUACCUCAUGAAGCUGGCUGAGAGAAUGCCAAGAGUGUGCAAAGCUGUCAUCAAGGCAAAGGGUGGCUAUUUGAAGAAUCUCAAAUCUCAAAUAUAUUUUGAUUUGUUUAACACUUUUUUGGUUACUACAUGAUUCCAUAUGUGUUAUUUCAUAGUUUUGAUGUCUUCACUAUUAUUCUACAAUGUAAAAAAUAGUAAAAAAUAAAUAAAACCCUUGAAUGAGUAGGUGUGUCCAAACUUUUGACUGGUAGUGUAUAUAUAUAUUUGUAUUUAAUCCUUCAAAAUCUUCCCGAUGUCUGAUGCUUCACACUUGUUAUCAACCAGCAACCGGUUUGAAUGGCAAGAAUGUCAAAGCCUUCCCUCUCCGUCUCGAGUGACUCCGCCUCAGUAGGCUACAUCCUGGAUCCUCGCACCAGACCCGUCUCAGCGGAGGCGGGAACACCAUCAAUUCAGAGUUGAACAUCGCCACGCACAUUCAAAAGUCCCCCACCUGCUCCCCCACUUGCUUCUCAGUCGUUUUCCCUAUAAGACACAGCGAUGUCAUUAUUAGCAAAGAAAGGUUUACAUAGGCCUACACUAUGGAGCUGCUUGCUUGUCAAGACAUGAACAUUAUUUACUCAAAUCACUUGUUGGUUCAAUACAAAAUUAAUAUUGUAAUAAUUAUAUUCUGUAGUCUAGGCCUAUAUAAUUGUUUAAUACGAGUCUAUUGUCACACCCGUGCGUCAAAUGAACAUAAUAAAAAAAUCCCCAUCAAAAUCCGUCUCAAUCCAUCACCUCUGAGUUGGAAAGUGGCAGAGCUACAGCGCUGUUCGUCAGACCAGGAGACAUCCCGAAAAUCGGUCUUCUCACGAAAACGUCUGUAGCGUCAGAACGGUUUUGCUCUACAACCCCCGCAAGCCCCACGGGACUCGUCUGAAGGUAACCCAUACAAAUUAAUGGAAGUAUGGAGGUAUUUUUGUGGCAACAAAAAUAAGGGGUUAAAUGUGUCCAAAAAACAAAAGUAUUUCCAGAUAUUUUUUUUUUAUAUCUCCUAGAUAUUUACAUUUACAUUUUAGUCAUUUAGCAAGAUAUAGGACAGACACUUCAAAACCUUAUUCCUUAUGAUUUUUAAAAUGGUCUUUUUGUGUGCAAUUUAUGAAUGUUAUUUAAUACAUUUCUAUAGUAAAGUGGUCCUAAAAUUCUAACGCAAAUUAUCCAUGGUAUGACCAUCUUAAAACAAUUCCAUAUGUUAGCUCCAUAUGUUUUCUAUUAAAAGUGUGAGAGUAACCACGUUUCCAGCCACAGUUUUUAUGUGAGUAAAGUCAUAGCAUAUAUAUACAAAAAUCAGGACAGCUGUGAUGGAAACAGAAGUUUCAGUACAAUUUUAUAAAUGUCGACAGAUAAUUUGUUCAUUCGACAUGCUGUGAUCUUUUUGUGUCUGUAAAAUGUAUUAUGUGAGAAAUGGCGGUGGAAACGCCUUUAAGCUCAAAUAUUGAUAUAACCAUCAUAUCCAAGUGAAAGUGCACGGUGAUGAGCUUGACGCUCCUUUCCAAUAAAUAUCGAGGGUCUUAUUCUGAUGACAUGAUGAUCGAUGCUUGACUGCCGUUUGACAAAUACAAAUAUUCUCGCUCUUAUCCAUAAGAAUCUCAUCAUGUAGCCUAGACUAGCAUCUGUGAGCUGUUGGCUAGAACGCACGUGAGUAGGCAAGACCAGAGUAGGCACAUUUGCUAUUUAACGCAACAGUUUUUGUGACAAAACUAUCAGUAGAGUUGAAAAUGCAAUGGAAACACAUUGAACCUUAGAAUUUUAUUUGGCACAUGAAAAAGUACAUUUUGUGCGCACUAUGUCAUCACCUACUGCUUUUUAUCCGCAACAAGUCUGUCUGGUGGAAACCUGGUGGAAACACACUACUGGUGGGAAAAUGUGCAUAUUUUCUUUAUGCAGGUUUUAGAAUAUUGCAUGAACAUUUUUCGGCAAUUGGAUGGAAACCUAGCUUUUGAGAGCGAAAACCUGAAACCUGUGAAUUUCUGAGUCAGUUGGCAGUCUCAUUCAUCUAUUUCAAUAAUAAGCCUACUAUUAGCUUACUUGCACAAAACAGCUUGGGUUGGCCUGACUGUGAAAGUGUAUGUCACUGUUUGUCAUAUAAUUUUUCACACAGGGCGCCUUUCCUUCACCGGGCAGGCCGUUUGGGAAAUGUUUGUAAAAAUUAGAGUAUACCCACUUCUCCAGGCACCACUACACCACUGGACGUACCUGCUGCGUACCGACCUGGUUCUGACGAACCUGCCGUUUCUACUUGUAGAAUCACAAUGCUCGGCAGUGGCCGACAACUUGACUUUGAGCCAAUCAGAUAGCACAAACAUGUUGCGUUUAUAUUUUUGUUCAGUGUAAAACAAAGCUGCAUAAUACAUAUUUUGUUCUAGAGCAAGUCUUUACAUCUUUUACGUCUAUCUAAGGAGUUUUUUGCUUGAAAAAUGAUUUUGUUAGGUUUGAUAAUGUGCACUAGCUUCGUAGUUAGUGAGCUAACGUUAGCUUGCUAACUGAGCAAGGCAGUCACACACACUUCAUAUGAAAUGAAUGGGGUAGUAAGUGAAGCACAAUGCACACAACACUAAAUGCUUUACCAAGCUAGCUAUCUAGCCACUGCUAGUAACAUUAUAAUUAAAUCACAAUGGUUUAGUUUCCAUGAAGCAGCUGCCUGUAGCUGGCUGCCGAGAGUCAAUGCAGUGUCUUUACUUGACCUAGCUAGCACAAGAGCUAGCUAGCUAGCGAAACAUGUUAACCAUUUAACUAAAGUUAGCCAGCUAGCUAAAAAUGUAUCUAUGGGCUGUAUGCGAUUAUGGAGUGUGAAUUAAAUUGUUUCUUUGUCAUCUUGCUAGUUAGUUAUAUAGCUGUGGCCAUCUAUCUAGUAUCAGCAAGGGCUUUCUACAACAUUACCGCAGCUAGCUAACAUUGACUUGACCAUAAAGCAACACACAUGGACAUGCCUUCCCAAACAUUGCUACUGCCACCUUCUGGUGUGGAGUAUUUUAACAAGGCUGAGUGGCUGACGACUUCAAGGUCUUUGCUGUGUGAACACAAAAGAGAUUGACUGCCGACACUCUGUUCAGAGGUGUUAAGUACUGUCGGCAGGCAAACGUUUGACAAUCCUACCGGUGUGUCUGAGCUCUUACAUAGUCAAAACCUAUGGAGAACUCUCAAAGGAGACCUGGUGUGAACAUAUUUACAUGGUAGGGAAUUAGAACGUGCAUAAAACUCACAACUGCCCUUAAACCAGGUCAGCACACUUCCAUUAAUGUAUGUUAGUCACCACAUUUCUUCUCGUCAUCAUAUCUGCUGCCAUAUCAAACUUUACUCAACAGGGUCAUGUCCAGUAUGGAGAAACAUUUUUGAAACGGGGAGGUAAUACCUGAACUUGUCCAAUAAGAAACAAUAAUUGUUGUUCUGUAACAAUAUUUUGUGCCCCACUGAACAUGACCCAGGGCUUUGUUGUGAGCCACCAAGCACAUAAGCCCUUACCUGGAGCUCACUCAAAUGACAGAAGAGGAAGGAGCAGAAGUCAGAAUAGAAGUGCCCCAGGGUGUGACUCAAAUCAUGUUCCACUGUUUACUAGUGUUACAGGGAAUGGGGAGUAUGUAGAUUGACUAGAGGCCCAGGGUGUAAGGAGAAGGGAGGGGAACCAUUAUACAGUACCUACUCGAUCAGUAUAGGGCACAACUUUGAAGAUAGAAAUGUAAUGAAGAGAUGACGUGAUCCCUUAUUCUACUUGUUACAGGGGAAUGUUUGUUCUACAUAUUCUAUUUCUAUCUACGUUAAGAAACACGGCCCUGCAUGGCUUCCAGUUACUCACAUUGUUUGUCCACAGCAGUGCUAUAUUGACUAAUCUUUGACUACUUUAUCAAUAUUUUUCUAUUUUUUGCAAGAACGUUCAUCUACUCCUUGCUGACCAAAGGCCGCCCUUCCCCUCUCUACAUUGUCUUCUCUGCGGUAGUCUUCUGCACCGUCAACGGUUUUCUCCAAGGCCACUACAUGCUCCACUGUGCCACGUACGAUGAUGCGUGGCAGACCGACAUUCGUCUGGGCACCGGUAAGUGAGAUCUUAGAUCCAAGCGGAAAUGGUUUAGCAGUCUUUUCCCAGCACUUAUUCUGAAUAUUACAGUGCCUGGAUGAUGUUCACAGACAUUUGACAGUCAUUUGGUAUCCUAUGUUGAAGCCCUAAAUAAAUGCUAUAGAUUUAUUUCCAAAGUAAUUAAUUUCACCCUUUAAAGGGUAACAUUUGAUAACUGCUAGAGCUACUGUAGAUUAAGUCUGAGAUCAAAAACAGUUCUCCCAAAAAAUUGUUAGGAAAACACACAAGGGGAAAACCAGCCGUUGCAGUCUGGGGACUCUAAUCUGGCCAGAGAACUUUGUGGCUUUCAGCCUGGAACUGUGACAAAACAAGUUGGCAUUCGCUUCCUCCUUGUCAACGUUCUGUGUUUAUUGGUCAGUUAAUGAGGCUAGAUUCUUCAAAACAUGCAUUUUUUGGUCCCAGCAGGAUAUGGGAUGAUAAUUUUGACAGUAUUCAUAUUUUGACAGUAUUCAUCCACAAGAAUAGAAAUAAUGAUUUGUUGACAAAGUCUGAGUUUGGGGUCGCAUUGCACAAGCUUCUGCCAGCAUGAAAGCUUUUAACAGCUUGUUUUUAUAGAACUAGAAUGUGGUUUGCGUUAAGUGCCUGUAUUUUUUUUUCAGGUUUGCUGAUGUUUUUCCUGGGAAUGGCCAUCAACAUUCACAGCGACCACAUUCUUCUAAAUUUGAGAAAACCCGGAGAGGUUGUUUAUAAGAUUCCCAAAGGUACCAGAUGGAAUUCUGUAUAACAGAUGUCAGGCAGUGUUUCGGCAACUGUUCUAGUCUUGUGAAACAAUAGCAAAAACGUGACUCUUUUGCCAAAUAACCAUGUUCUGUACUCUUUACUUAGUCACUGUCUGCACAGCCAUGUGAUGAUAAACAGAAGAAGCAGAGCAUAUUCAGAACAUUCUGGUGUCAAUGUGACCUUUUGCAUUGAUCUCUACUUCCUUUUGCUUUGUAAGCACUAUGCCUGUGUUGAUCAAAAGAUGUUUAAAGGCCCAGUGCAGUCAAAAAUCCGUUUUUCCUGUGUUUUAUAUCAUACUGUACAACAGCUGAUGAAACUAACACUGUAAAAGUGUGAAGAAAUAAUAAUUUCCUGAUAAUUGCUGGUUGAAAAUACAAUCUACAUAGGACCUUCUAUUCAGCAAGUUUGCAUGGGCAGGAGUUUUGGCUUUCCAUGGUGAUAUGCCCAUGUAAAAAAAUGGGUUAAUAGACCAAUAACAGAGUUCCAAACCUCUCUGCCAAUAACAGCUAGUUUUCAGUUUCCCCCUCCCCACUCAGACCACUCACAGAUAGUCCUAGCAAAAUUAUUGCUUGAGAAAUAAUUGUUGUUGUUGUUGUUCCUAAAAAGCUAUGUUUGCCCCAUUUUAAUAGCUAUCUAUUACAGUAAGGUACUUAAUUGUUACCCAGAAAUGAUUUGAUAUUGAUUAUAAAAACAGCUGCAUUGGGCUUUUAAGUGCCCUAUGUAAUCACCAGGGUCAUAUAAGAUUGUGAGCAAUGUAAACAAGGCAUUCAAAGUUUGGCCAAGAAACUUCAGACACAGGAAGAAAACAUUCCAGCUUUCUGGGCCAUUACCUCACGGAAAGGUUCAAAAGGAACAUCUUGCAACUAUUAUCAGAACCAUGCGGCAAAAGCUAGAGAAAGAUGAAACAGCGAUGAAGGCCACAGCAGAUUUGUUUUCACCCACCUUUGGGUGAAUUAACUAUCCAAGUAGUAUAUUCAAACAUGGAGCCCUUGACAUGGGGUGCUGGGUCCAAAAAAGGUAGUAGACAUGAAGUAAGGUCUGAAAGGUCAGGGAUUGAAAUGUUGCGAACUACUCUCAAGGUAUGAGUGUAAAGACCCUACUUCAUUACUACUGAAUUAACUGUCUGACACUUUUUAUUCCAGGGGGAAUGUUUGAGUAUGUCUCCGGAGCAAACUUCUUUGGAGAGAUUCUGGAGUGGUGCGGGUACGCCCUAGCAACGUGGUCCCUGCCGACGUUCUCCUUUGCCCUUUUCACUAUGUGCUCGAUUGGACCGCGGGCCUACCACCACCACAGGUACUGACAGGUCCAACUUCUAGAGCCUUCUGUAAUCUCGUCAUGCUCAUUCUCCCACUGAUACAUGUUCACUGGUAUUGAUACAAUGUAUAGGUCUUUCAGCGAAGCAAUAAGCAUGGACUGUGUUGAUAUUUUACAAUGGAAAAGCAUGGUGGUAGGAUUCCUUCAAUCUGACAUUCUCUUCUCUUUCAGGUACUACCAAGAGAAGUUUAAAGACUACCCUCGGUCGAGGAAAGCUGUGAUACCUUUCAUAUUAUAAGAAGAACAACAAACCAGAGAAGCCGGAACAAAUGGACUGACCUAGCUAAAAUCAUUAGUCAUAGCCAUGAUAUUGGCGUUUACUGAACUCUUAAAUGAAAUGCUUGUCCUAUAUUGCUCUUUUCUGUGGAGCCCAUUUUACCAGGCUUUAGCUUUCAUUAAGUAGACAUAUUGAACCUAUCAUCUCAUUGUAGUCAGAGCUAGAUGAUAUUCCACACUUGCAGCAACAGAUCUGUAAUGCCAUUCUUCCAUAGGCUUGGAGGAAUGAAUUAUGUACCAGCAUUCAGCAUGGUCAAAGCUCAAUGAAGGAUAAAGAAUUCAUGGGGAAGAGAAAGGGGGGCGGUGGGGGUGUCUUGAAAGAAUAAAGGAAAAACAUGUUUUAUAUCGAAAGGGAUGACUGACUGCCUUUUCCUCUUUGUGCAAAAACGGAUCUCUUGGACAGAUUAACUACUUCACUUUUGGAAAGGCUCAUUAAAGCUCUGCUUAUUUACCUUGGGUCUGAAAAAA